AUGGGAAGAUUCUCACACAACGUCAGAUCACUUAUUUUGUUAUUAGUCAUUUUACUACUAUGGAAAGCAAAAGGUGGUACAGGUGAAAAAGGUGGAAGAGGUGAUCAUGCUCCGAGAGGCUUUGGAGCUGGUGGGGAUUUUCAUAAUAAUGUAGGAGGCUUGGAAGAGAAAUAUAGAGGAAUCGGAUGUGGUGGAGCAGGAGGCGGUGUUGGAGGAGGUGCUGGUGGUGGAGCAGGAGGUGGUGUCGGAGGAGGUGGUGGCGUAGGGGGAGGAGUAGGGGCAGGAGGUGGCAUCGGUGCAGGUGGAGGUGUUAGUGCAGGAGGAGGUGCUGGUGUAGGAGGUGGUAUUGGCGUAGGUGGAGGUGGAGGUGGUGGUGGGCGUGUAGGAGGAGGUGGUGGUGGUGGUGGAGUAGGAGGUGGUGUCGGAGCAGGUGGUGGUGCAGGAGGAGGUAUAGGGGCAGGAGGUGGUAUUGGUGCAGGUGGAGGUGCUGGUGCAGGCGGAGGUGGAGGUGGGCGUGUGGGAGGUGGUGGUGGUGGUGGAGCAGGAGGUGGUGUCGGAGCAGGUGGUGGUGCAGGAGGAGGAAUAGGAGCAGGAGGUGGUAUUGGUGCGGGCGGAGGUGUUAAUGUAGGAGGAGGAGCUGGUGCAGGAGGUGGCAUUGGCGUAGGUGGAGGUGGAGGUGGAGGUGGUGGUGGUGGUGUGGAGAGGAGCGGAGGGGGAGGCGGGCGUGUAGGAGGUGGUGGUGGUGGAGGAGUAGGAGGUGGUGUCGGAGGAGGUGGUGGGGCAGGAGGAGGGAUAGGAGCUGGAGGUGGUAUUAGUGCAGACGGAGGUGUUAGUGCAGGAGGAGGUGCUGGGGUAGGUGGAGGUGGAAGUGGGCGUGUAGGAGGUGGUGGCGGUGGAGGAGCAGGAAGUGGUAGUGCAGGAGGAGGUGCUGGUGCAGGAGGUGGUGUUGGUGCAGGUGGAGGUGUUGGUGGCGGAGUAGGAGGUGGUGCUGGUGGUGGUGUUGGAGGAGGUGGUGGCGUAGGAGGAGGUGUAGGAGCAGGAGGUGGUCUUGGUGCUGGCGGAAGUAUGGUGCAGGAGGAGGUGCUGGUGCAGGAGGUGGUAUUGGUGCAGGAGGGGUGGUGGAGGUGGUGUAGGAGGAGGUGUGUAGGUGGUGGUGCUGGAGCCGGAGGGGUGUUAGUACAGGUGGAAGUGUUAGUGUUGGAGGAGGUGCAGGUGCUGGAGGUGGUGUUGGCGUAG